GCGCUUCUCUUUGCAGGUCCGCUCUUGCGGUUUCAUUGAACAAAGCCCCUGCAAAAUCCCUGGGUUAUGAAAUAUUUCCUCUCCGUCAGGUCCCGGACAAGAGACGGCAUCUGCACAGCCAGAAAAGGAAGUCCUUGCCUUAUAGAGAGCGCUCUCGGUGUGACACAAUGGCUGAUAUAAAGUGUCAGGGGAGCUGAGCUGGAGGCAAAGGAACAAAGGAAGAUCAAGAUUCGGCGGCUGUCUCGGACAAAAGGAAAGCAGAAAGUGUCUCGGGGAUGGAUAAAUUUAAGGCUGCGCUUGUGCUGGCUGGGGUAGGGGAUGCCCUCGGUUAUCGCAAUUUCUCCCGAGAAAACAAUGCCUUAGGUGCAAAAAUCCAGCAGGAGCUGAAGGAAAUUGGGGGGCUUGAGAACCUGGUGCUCUCUCCUGACAAGUGGCCAGUAAGUGACAACACGCUCAUGCACAUGGCUACAGCAGAGGCUGUCAUCACAGAUUACUGGUGUUUAGAAGACCUGUACCGGGAGCUGGUAAAACGAUACGUGGAUGCUGUCGACAAGCUCUCAGGGAGGCGGCCAGACCCCGCUACCAUCGAAGGCUGCAGGGAAUUAAAACCAGACAACUACCUUCUCGCUUGGCACACACCAUUCAAUGAAAAGGACUGCAGAGGCACCGCAUCAUCAGAGGAGGUAGGCCUGGACAGCCACAGGACGAUGGCAGCUCACACAGACGUUGCGCUGUGUCGGCGUGAUGCUCGAUCACUGCAGUACGUACUGGCACCACUCGACAGCAUUGCAUAUUGA